AAUUUUUAACUGCCAUUUUACUGCAGCAUUUCACUUGACCAAAUCAUCAUAUCUCUCUCUCGCUUUCCAGGCAAGCAGAAAGUAAAAGCAUUUGCAAAGCAAAGCCGUUAUAAAGAGCACAAAAACAAAAGAAAUGGAAAUUAGUAAUAACUGUUGGACUGCUGCAGCAUCAGAGUCAUACAAGUUAACUGAAGAGAGCAAAACAAAGUACUGUUUCCGAAAGGAAUGGAUCCUAUGAUCCGGAAACUCAGGUUUCGUCUUCUUGCAUGGCUUCACCGAUCUCGUUCUGGCCCAAUUUCGUUCAUGAAGAAGUUUUCAUACAAAGAUGUAAGGAGGGCAACUGAUGGCUUUCACAGGAUAAUAUAUAGCAAUUCCCAUGGGGCUGCUUAUAAGGCCAAAUUUCAAGGUGGUGAAGUUGCUUUGGUAAAAGAAGCAAGAGCUUUUGAUGAAGGAAUAGACAACUUCUAUAGAGAAGUGCAAUUCUUGGGGCGAUUGCAUCACCGCCAUCUUCUUGCACUCAGAGGAUUUUCCACAGGGCAUAAGAGGUUAUUAGUGUUUGACAAUAUUGAAAAUGGAAGCUUGAAGGAGCAUUUUAAUGAUCCUCUAAGGACUCCUUUGAAUUGGAAAGCAAGGCUACAAAUAGCUGUUGGUGUGGCAGCAGCAUUGGAAUACUUACUUCUUUUCAGUAACCCACCGGUUUAUCAUGUCUCCAUCAGCGCAAGUAAUAUCAUGUUAGAUGAAAACUUUACUGCUAAGCUGUCUGAUGUUGGCCUUCUAAGUUCUGUUGGAACUUAUGUCGAAAUGCCUCAUCCGUCUUGUUCAGAAGAAUGUCUCGGUCAGGAAUGUGGCAACAUAAUUUUUCAGCUUGGAGUGCUGAUAUUGGAGCUAAUAACUGGCCAGUCAUCAGAGCAAGGAGGCACCGAUUUAAUCCAAUGGGUCCAGGGAUCUCGCCUUAGCAGUUCAAUCCAUAUGAUGAUAGAUCCAGACCUAGGGAACAAUUAUGAUUCCAGGGAACUUAAGAAGCUUCUAUCUGUAGCAAGAUUAUGUAUAAAAUCUAAGAAUAACCCAAAGUUUCCCGUUCCACAGGUAUUUCGUUAUCUCCAGAAAAAGGUGGACAUUCCUCACUAGCGUUUGUAAUAUGAGGUUUCUUUUAUACAAAAAAAAAAAAAUCAUAUUUAUAGGAA